AGGGAGUAAGCAGCUAUAAAAGGCUGUGCUGGAUGUGUUCCGUGGAAACAACCCAGAUACAGAGACACUGGCAGCAGUGCGUCUCAGAAAACACUCUGCAAGGCGCUGAAUCCAAGGACGUCUGACGCAUUAGCUUUUGUGGAGCCAAAAGCGAAGCUUGGUGGACUGAAAAUUAUCAACCCCUUGAGGACAUAAAGCAUUUUGAUGUGUGCUGUGAUUUGGGAGUGCUGUGGUUUGUGAGUACACCUAAGCUGUUUUGGAGUGGCAAGAGUUAAAACUGAGAAAAUUCGCUCUGGAAUCUUUAAAAAGUGAAAAGAGGAGCGAAGGAGAAGCAAAUAGUGCACCUCAGCGGAUAAACACACAGCAUCUCCCAUCUCCAUCGAUGGCUGUGCGUCCAGUAGAGACGGUGGGUUUCUCAAUGCUUCCUGCUCACUUGAUGGCUUCUGCUAUGGAAGAGUUCCCACAGCAGCUUCCUGUGCCUAAGGGCCCAGCUCGGGGCCGCAGUCGUCCCAAGCGACCACGAGAGGCCCGCUUCAAAACUCAGCCAGUGACCUUUGCAGAGAUUGCAGAGGUGGAGGAGGAAGGAGCCUCGCCACUGGAGGAGGAGCGAGCAAGACGCUCCUUCUUGCAGUCACUGGAGAGCCUGAGAAGGAGCACACAAUCCCUGCAACACUCAGGAACUACACAGAGCGGCAGAACCAGCACCCCAACACAGGCUAGCUUGGACUCCAGUGACUCAGACUCAGCCCAAUAAAAGAGGAAGAGAGGAAGAGUCUUCUUCAUCUGAUCACUUUUGUCGUAAAGCUUACUUACUGGACUGGACUCCAGUGUGCUCAGCUUUUUGCACAUAACCUCUUGAAGCUUGCUUUGCAGCUAUAACAUAGCUACAGUAUGUUAUUUUAUACACAGACUUACGUCACUCCAUUGAAGCAACAGCAGGCUGAAUAGUUUAAGCUUCUUAGUUUGUAGUGUUUCAAAUUUCCUAACUACUUAAAUACCAGAAAUAUUCCAGAAAUAUUCACUAUAAGACUUGAGGCCUGUUAUUCUUUGUAAAAUAUUGAUUUGUUCUAGUUACAAUUCCACUGGACAAGACAAAUGGUUUAUCACUUUUAAUCUUUGUCAAUUUAUCAUAAUUGUGCAACAAGUCAUCGAUGGAAGCACUGAAAGACACCACAUUCUGGAUAGAAGAUUUUUUUUUCAUAUGACUUGUGUCAGAGAAAUACAUCUUUUAAUGACCUCAGAUGUAUCUUAUUAGUAACAGUGAAAUUAGAAAUGUUUUUUUGACACUGAUGGCUUUGUAAAGUCACAAGAAAAAAAAUGAAAUUGAUGACUGUCUUUAUACUAUUGUUUUACUUUUUACUAUCUUUGUAAAUUUAUUUCAUACCUAUUUUAAUAAAAAAAAUGUAUAUAUAAAUAUAAUGUACACUUUUAACAUUGCCCUUAUGUUUGGUCUAUUUUUUUAUAGAACUGUAAUAAAAUUAAUCUUACUUCAAGUCAGCAGGAGUUCAGUCAAAAGAUACAAAGGUACAA